UCUCUCUCUCUCGCAAAAACAAAAAGGAGUUACCUUUAAAAACCCAAAACCUCUAUUGGAUAAACAAAGAGAAAGAUCACAAACGAACAAAGUGACAGAGAAAGAGAGCAAAUGGAUCAAUCGCAGCGGACAGUGGCUGCUGCUCCUUCAUCUUCUCGAUCGUAUCAGUUCCAUCCUGCUCGUGCUGCAAUCGUCGAUCUCUUCAACCUCUACCUUGGGAGAGGAAACCCUCAAAAGCCCGAUGAACAACCCCUACGAGAUCCUCCUAACAAAUCACAGAAGCGUGUUCACGCUCCCGUUAGGGACUUACCACCUAGAAACGACCAAUUCAUUCUUGAUUUCGACAAGCUUCAGACCCAAUUCGCUGACCCGGAUCAGUUGAGGGCAAUCACGGAGUCUGUUUUGAUAUCUACGGUGUUGCAAUGUAGCAAUCAUGCACCCAGGGCUGAGUUCCUUCUCUUCGCCCUGCGUGCUUUGUCUAGAAUCGGUUACGUUAACUGGGAUACCUUUUUACCUUCCCUUCUCUCUUCUGUCUCCGCUGCUGAGGCCUCCCUAAGCCAAGCUGCUGCUGCAACGGCUACUACUUCUUCACAGUCUUUGGUUCCUUCUCUUGUACCUUCAGGAAACGAACCAGGUUCUGUAACUGCUUUGUCAAAAUCAGUUAGAGAUAACAGCCAACGAGUAAGAGCUUCUGCAGCAGCAGCUAUGAACAGUCUGCGUCAGCUCAGCUGCAAGAUUAUCUUGAUUGGCGUUGAGUUUAAUCUCAAACCCGUCACUCACUCCGAGAUCUUCCAGUGUAUGAUGAGUUGGCUUGUGAACUGGGACAGGAGAGACGAUGACGACGACGACUCUGCAGGAAAGAAGACGUGGAGAUCCGAGAAGGCGUCGGCUGAAUGGUUGAGGAGCUGUUUGGAAGUGAUCUGUCUGUUGGUGGAAGCGGGGAAAUCUCGGAUUCCGUUUUAUGAGUUGUUGCGGAGUGGUCUGCAGUUUAUUGAGAACAUACCUGAUGAUGAAGGCUUGUUCGCUCUUGUCAUGGAGAUACACCGGAGGCGAGACGCUAUGGCUGUGCAUAUGCUCAUGCUGGACCAACAUCUUCACUGUCCAACGUUUGGUACUCAUCGUAUAUCGUCCCAACCGACUGCCAAUGUUUCAGCGGAAGCUGUGGCUCACCUUCGCUAUUCGCCUAUUACGUAUCCAAGCGUGCUUGGUGAACCUUUAUCUGGAGAGGAUCUGGCGAUGUCUGUUCCACAAGGAAGUUUAGAUUGGGAAAGAGCAGUGCGUUGCAUUAGACAUGCUAUUCGCACUACGCCGUCGCCAGAAUGGUGGAAGCGUGUUCUUGUUGUGGCCCCUUGUUAUAGGCCUUCUGCACAAGCUGGGCCUACCCCUGGUGCUGUUUUCACUUCUGACAUGAUUUGUGAGGCGAUCAUUGACAGGAUUGUUGAGCUUCUCAAGCUCACCAACUCAGAUGCAAAUUGCUGGCAAGAGUGGCUGGUUUUCUCAGAUAUCUUCUUCUUUCUAAUCAAAAGUGGAUGUACUGAUUUUGUUGAUUUCAUUGAUAAGUUGGUCUUACGCCUCAACGGUGAUGAUAACCAUAUCCUUCGAACGAAUCAUGUGACGUGGUUGCUUGCACAAAUAAUACGCGUGGAGCUUGUGAUGACUGCUUUGAACUCUGAUCCUAGAAAGGUGGAGACUACUAGGAAGAUCUUAUCAUUUCACAGGGAAGAUAGAACAGAUCCAAAUAAUCCUCAGAGUGUGUUGCUUGACUUCGUAAGCAGUUGUCAGAAUCUACGGAUAUGGUCACUAAGCGCAGCAACCAGGGCAUACCUAAACAAUGAACAGCUGUUGAAGGGAAAACAGAUUGAUGAGUGGUGGAGAAGCAAAGGAGAGCGCAUGAUGGAUUAUAUGAAUUUGGAUGAUAGGUCGAUUGGCAUGUUCUGGGUUGUCUCCUAUACCAUGGCGCAGCCGGCUUGUGAAACAGUUAUAAAUUGGCUGUCUUCAGCUGGCGUGGCUGAGAUGCCUGGAACACCACCAAACGAAAGAGUAAUGAUGAUGCAGGAAGUGAGCCCAUUGCCCAUGUCAUUGUUAUCUGGCUUUUCAAUGAACUUGUGCUUGAAAUUGGCCCUUCAGAUGGAAGAAGCUAUGUUUGUUAGCCAGGUUGUUCCUAGCAUUGCAAUGGUAGAGACAUACACAAGAUUGCUGCUCAUUUCCCCUCACUCUAUGUUCCGUUCUCAUUUCACUCAAAUUGCCCAAAGAAAUGCUUCUCUGCUAAGCAAGUCUUCCGUGAGUUUGCUUGUUCUUGAGAUUCUGAACUAUCGUUUGCUUCCGUUAUACAGAUACCAAGGAAAAAGCAAAAGCUUAAUGUACGAUGUUACUAAGAUAAUCUCUACACUGAAAGUAAAACGUAGCGACCACCGUGUAUUCAGACUAGCCGAAAAUUUAUGCAUGAAUCUCAUUUUAUCACUCAGAGACUUCUUUUCCGUGAAACGUGAUCAAAAAGGUCCAACUGACUUCACUGAAACAUUAAGCCGAAUAACCAUCAUGACUCUAGCCAUCACGAUCAAAACACGUGGUAUCGCGGACGCCGAUCACCUGGUUUAUCUUCACACCAUGCUGGAACAAGUACUGUCGACGAGUCAGCACACGUGGUCCGAGAAGACGCUUCGCCAUUUCCCAUCCCUUCUCCGUGACGCUUUGAUGGGACGGGUAGACAAGAGGGGACUAUCGAUUCAGGCGUGGCAACAGGCUGAAACAACCGUGUUGAACCAGUGCACGCAGCUUCUCUCGCCGGCUGCCGAACCCGCUUACGUUAUGACGUACCUCAGUCACAGUUUUCCUCAACACCGUCAGUAUCUUUGUGCUGGUGCUUGUCUGCUUAUGCAAGGCAACCCUGACAAGAUCAACAGCGCAAAUUUGGCACGGGUGCUUAGGGAGGUUUCUCCUGACGAAGUCACUGCUAACAUAUACACUUUCGUAGAUGUUUUGCUUCACAACGUUCAUGUAGACCUUCAGCGAGGACACGGUUUAGAGGAGAUUCUAAAUAAGAACGAUGCGAAUCUUGCGUUUUUCUUCUGGACACAUGAAAUGCUUCCUUUGGACAUUUUUCUUCUGGCCCUCAUUGACCGUGAUGAUGAUCCGCACGCCUUGAUAAUUGCAAAAAGAAUACUUGAAAGGCCAGAGCUUCUACAGAGGAUUAAUGCGUUCUGCGUAAACCGUGGGAACCCUGAGCACUGGCUUUGCACGCAGGUGUUCAAACGCAAUGAACUCCUAAAAUCCCUUGGUAGCCAUCUUUCUUGGAAGGACAACAGGUAUCCAACGUUCUUUGAUGAUAUCGCGGCACGUUUGCUUCCAGUGAUCCCACUAGUGGUGUACAGGCUCAUAGAGAACAAUGCGAUGGAUACAGCUGAUAAAAUAUUGACUGCCUACUCGAAUUUUCUGGCUUAUCAUCCUCUCAGAUUCACGUUUGUCCGUGAUAUACUCGCCUAUUUCUAUGGUCAUCUUCCCGGCCAACUUGUUGUCAAGAUUCUCAGAGUACUUGGUCUCAGCAAGAUUCCAUUCUCUGAAUCGUUUCCGCAGUACAUCACCCAUACAGGUGCUGCUACAUGCCCACCUUUGGAUUACUUUGCCAAUCUCCUACUUAAUCUCGUAAACAACGUUAUACCUCCACUCAGCAGCACCAGGAACUGCAGCUCCAAGUCUGGCUCAAUUGCUGACAUCUUGAACACCUCAGCGAGACCUCCUCAUGGUAAAGCCCCAGGAGCAUCCCAGCCUGGUCCAGCGAACGCCUCCGAGGGACAGAAAGCAUUCUACCAGAUCCAGGACCCGGGAACUUACACUCAGCUGGUUCUCGAAACGGCAGUGAUCGAGAUCCUCUCUCUUCCCGUCUCCGCAGCUCAGAUCGUCUCUUCUCUUGUCCAGAUAAUCGUCAACAUACAGUCCACACUGAUUCAAUCUGGCAACGGGUUCCACGGCGCUGCAAACGGAGUUGGUCAAGGCUCUGCACUGCCUACGUCUCCCUCGGGAGGGAGCACGGACUCCAUGGGGGCGAGCCGGUCCAGUUGUAUGAACAACACGGCGAGCUUUGUCUCUAGAAGCGGUUAUACGUGCCAGCAACUGUCGUGUCUGUUGAUUCAAGCCUGCGGGCUUCUCUUGGCUCAGCUCCCUCCAGAGUUUCACACGCAGCUUUACAUGGAGGCUUCGCGUGUGACGAGGGAAACUUGGUGGCUUAGUGACGGGAAGAGAUCACAAGGGGAGCUAGACUCAGCUGUUGGUUAUGCUCUGAUGGAUCCUACAUGGGCUGCUCAGGACAACACCUCGACCGCCAUAGGAAAUGUAGUCGCCUUGCUUCAUGCUUUCUUCAGCAAUCUCCCACAAGAAUGGCUUGAUGGCACGCAUCUCAUCAUCAAGAACCUCCGGCCUGUUACAUCUGUCGCAAUGCUUAGAGUCGCAUUCCGUAUUAUGGGACCACUUCUGCCGAGGCUUGCAAACACACAUGCCCUCUUUAACAAGACGCUCGCCCUUCUCUUGAACACAAUGGUCGAUGUUUUUGGAAAGAACUCGCAGACACCGGUCCCUGUUGAAGCAUCCCAGAUUGCAGACCUAAUUGAUUUCCUUCACCAUGUUGUUCACUAUGAGGGACAAGGAGGAGCAGUCCAAAGUAGCAGCAAGCCGAGACCAGACACUUUGGCAUUACUCGGAAGAGCAGCAGAUUCUCUCCGACCAGAUGUACAACAUCUCCUCUCUCACCUCAGAACCGAUCCUAAUUCGUCGAUAUAUGCAGCUGCUCAUCAGAAUGCCGCAAAGACCAACACCUCUUAGGAAAAAUAAAACUAGAUUAUAUCGGUUGUAUUGACUUGUGUCAGUGGUGGACGCAAAGCACCGAAGCUGUUACAUCUGACAACUUAUUCUGGUUAAUUUGCUCUAGGUUACAACUAAUUUUAUGUGAACCUGUAUAUAUUAUCAAUAAAGUUUUGUUUCAUCA